AUGCAGGGGGUGGUGAUGAGGCGGCCACGGGCAAAGGAGGAGAAGGAGCGGACGAAGAUGAGGGAGCGGCACCGGCGGGCGAUCACGGCGAGGAUCCUGUCAGGACUCCGGCGGCACGGGAACUACAACCUCCGGGCGCGGGCAGACAUCAACGAGGUCAUCUCCGCCCUCGCCAGGGAGGCCGGUUGGGCGGUGCUCCCUGACGGCACUACCUUCCCCUCCCGCUCCGCCUCCUCUUCUCCCCAGGGCCCACCGGCGACAUCCUCCGUGGCGCCAGCUCACAUCCAGCCGCUUCGUGGGGUCUCCCCCGGAGGGCUCCGCUCCGCGGAGUUCCGCCCCCUGAAGGGAGUAUUCACGCCCACCGCCGCUUCCGCUUCCGCUUCCUACGAUGGCCGGUGCCGGACGUCAGUCAUGAUGGGAGGCCACAGGGAGAGGAUGGUCGACAGCUUGCCCCUUGCUGCCAGCUGCACCGAUGGAGUUCACGGCAAGCAGGUGUAUAAACUCUCACACCCAUUUCUACUCGAUUUGAGCCAUCUGAUCAUGCCUAUCCAUCUUUAUUCAAUAGAUUUUGGUGUUUUUGUGGCUUGCAAUAUUCAAUGUCAUAUUGGAUCAAGGUCUGCUUAUAGCGAUGGUAAAAUGCGAUACCAUAGUACUUAA